UUGCCUCCAUGUUGGAAUUCAUUGUUUGGGUUGAGAGCGCCACGGAGGAAAAAUGAACUAACUCAUAUUAAUCCGUUUUGCAUUACAGAUGGCAGAUAUAUAUUUAGAUAUUUUCUAGUAAAAAAUAUUAAAUUUGAGGAAAAUAACCAUGAAUUUAAAAUAUAUGUAACCAUCUUUAAAGCAUCGUACAAAGAGAACACUGAAAAUGAUAGAAUAGACUAUUUAAAAAAAAAAAAAACUAGCAAUUCUAUUAACAUUUCUAAAAUUCCCUUUGUGUUUGUGGUUACUAUUGGUAAGCUUAAAAAUAAUCGAAUGGCAAAUUCGAACCCAUAUAAAAUUUCUGGGCUUUCCCCAAGAGGAUCUCAUGUUCACCAGUGA